CCAGGACAUGCGGUGAACGACGACGAGCGCACGGACUCCCACAGCAACCUCCGACCGUCACCGUCGUUCUCAGCGUCGAGCAGCCGGGGCUGCUCUCUCGUGGCCAGCGGUCAGCAUUGCCUCGUCGUCCUUCCUUUUUCUUCUUCUCUCUAUUUCUUUCUCUUUUGUCCUUCCUACAUGUCGACAUCACCAUCCCCGGUGGCUCCAAAUACCAGCUUCAAGAGAAGGGAGCGCCCUCCGACACUAGAGAUAAACACUGGAUCCAGUCCACUAUCCAGUGACCUUGACAAUCGUGAUGAACGCGACGAUGGGUUUCUUGCCGAUUCAUCUCGCACGGUCCAGCCCAGUGUGCUUGUAUCCCCUGCGCAGGAGUUGCCACCGAUGGAUUCGGAUUACCCCGCGUCUCGUUCCACUUCCACGACUUCCUCUCUGGACCCUUAUUAUUUUGGUCUUCAAUCUGGCUCGGAUUCGCCUUAUCCUCCUCCUUUACCAACUGCACCGUCUCUGAGGGCCACCCCCGAGAGUAGACCUAUCACAGAGCCCGUCACCCCUGCAAGGGAUCCUGCGAACAUUGAUAGGCGAGGUUUGGUUGGCGUAGGAGAGCUCGCUACUCCUCGAUGGACGCGCAGCAACAGUGGCAGCGAGGAAAAGAUUUCCAUUCCAGAAGCACUCUUGGAAAAUGAGCCCUACCAGGUCGUUGAUGCAGCGGAUGCUACAGAAGAUGAUGUACCGGACAGCCCAUGGACCAUUGAGGCCGUAGAUGGCGAGUCUUCCGAAAAAGAAGAUGUUGUCAAUAUGGCGCCAGUUUCUCAUCCUCUCCGGGCACGACCCUCAAUAACUGAGGAGAGUGGAGGAGAAGAGAUCUUGUACCCUCGGAAAGCAGCCGGACCCGCUCCGAAGCUUCCAAAGCCUACGUUUGGCGCCAGUUUCGCUGAAGAGCUGUCACCCCAAGUGCCCGAGUUAUCCCUCUCUGAGUCUAGUUCCCCUCCCAGCGCAUUUUCUCAUCCAGUCCGUAGAGCAAAGAAGCGUAGUUCAGAUGAGUUUGAAUUGGAUCAGACAGGCUCUCUUGUGUCGAAGCAUGUUGGGUCAAAGGCCAAGGAGGAGAAACCGUCUACUCGUCGCCAUCGCAGUCUCAACUCGGGGAGCAUUUCGACUUCGACACGAGAAUCAAAGAUCAGAAAAAGAGAAAGCAUUAGUCUCUCCACCAGCAGCAACGUCAAGACUGCUCCUCCUGCGAAAGAGAAACAUACACGACAAGCUUCUGCUAGUUCAUCAUCCUCAAGCUAUACUGAUGUGCAUCCUCGCCGCGUCCAUACUACUGAUUUCUCUCAUCUGCCACCUUCGCCGUCUUCUUCGUCGAUCCAGCAAUUUCUUCGACAUGCGAGCAGUAAUGGCCUACAUACGCCACCUCUGAAUCCAACUCGAGAGCCACACCUAUCGCAUAAUUCCGCUAACGUCGCUCACUCGUUACUUCGGGGAACGCAGGAAGGAUGGUCGGGUAUGGACGAUGAGGCUACGGCCGAGGCGUUACGGAAGCUGGAUGGUCUAUCUGGGCGUAGUGCUCGGACAAGGGCAAGUGUUGGUAGCCUUGGUCGUCCCCUUAGUCUCAGUCGGCCUGGAAGCCGGCCUGGGACUCCGGCCAAGAUUGGCAACCAAAGGGAAGGUGUUGGGGAAGGCAAACCUAACCGUACAGCGAGCACUGCGAGAGAAAGAGACCUCGCUCAGCGUCAACUUUUGGGCCUUGGCUUACAUGCUCCGGAAGAUUCCCUUCUUGACGUCGAACCCAUUGGAAGUGCCAUCAGCAGUGACGAGCAGCAACCUCCUUAUCCCCACCUCGUAGAGAAGACGCCUAAAAAGAACGGUACUGGGAGUGCCCGAUCCAGUUUCACACCCAAGCGUGGUUCUGCUUCGUCGACCACGUACGGGAGCACUCCAACAACCAGCUCACGAGAUUCCGCUCAGAUGUCUGCAGCCACUAGUGCAACAUCUGUUUCAGCCGCUUCUUUGCGCAAGGCGCGUAGAAACAGUGCAGGCAGUGACAUUUCCAGCGUACAUUCGAGUGACGCCACUUCGCUCAAGGAUCGUGUAGCGUCACUAGCCGUAAAUGGUGAUACUCAAGAUGAUGCCGAUGUUCCUCCGGUGCCACCUUUGCCGAAAGACUUAUUGUCUGCUUACAGGUCACCACCUUCAACAGCUGCGGGAGCAACCUUGCCGUCUCCAGCUAUUGCGGAAGACGAAGACAAACGGAUCAGCCAUGAGCACUCCGGCAGCGAUCGCCUUGAGAUACCUAGCGUGAAUCCUUCAUUAGAAGUGUCCUCGGCCCGACGGCAGAGCCAGCACAAUUCAUCAGGAUAUACGAGCAGUAGCAUGAACUCGGCUCCUGAAUCGACCCCAGUUGUUCACAAGACACCAUCCAAGAAAUGGAGUUUCUCUAAUGCACUGAACCUCAUGUCGGGAUCGCCUUCUUCCUCGAGCCAUAGAUCUAGCGCUUUCCCGCUUAGUCCUCGAGCUGUCACCUUCGGUCAACAGAUACGCAGAUCCACUUCUAAAGAUCAGGCGUUAUCGCACUCUGUACCUCCCAGCGUCCCUUGGUCCCCUACGCAACCGGAUGCGAUGGCUUCCGUCUCAUCGCUCGCCUCCUUGUCGUCUAUAGGAUCUGUUCGUACACCAGCACCAGCCCCCCCGUCCAAAACUCCCGAACGGGGCGCUGUCGCAAGCCGGUCGGGCACAGAUUCUAGCGCAAGCACGAGCCAUACAUUUGCAUUGGCCGCACCGCAGGCGCCAUUAAGCCCUUCGUCUUCUGUUCGCCGCGGUCAAUCUAAGCGACUCACGCCUUCUUCUAUCCCCUUCUUCCGUAGGUCAUCGUCUCAGUCAAUGCAGUUGCCCCCAUCGAGUAUCGUGACAUCGUCUUCUCCGACGCUCCCAGGCAAUUCCGCUAUAAUGUUGACUAGCAAACGGAGUACUUCUCCUGGUUUCGAUUACAACCCUCCGUCAACCUCUGCCCAUAAGAAGUCGUCCAUGUUGAGUUUAGGUCUUCCUUCAUUACUGAAAGGGUCAAGUUCAAGGAAGAGUCUUCACAGUGAUUCGAGAGAGUCCGUAAAAGAUUCUCCUCGGAAAGAUUCAGAGAAGGCGCGCUUAGAGAAGAAGAAGGAAGACAAGGAAAGGAGUGAGAGCAGGAUCUCAGUGCUCAUGGGUAGGAAGCGGGGCAAGACAGUUUCCUCUACGGAUCCCCGGAAACCAAAGUCGCCCGUAAAUUUGCCUCCGAUGCAAAUGUCAGCGCUAGAGCCAGCAACAGCACAGCGCGUUGCACGAUUGAAGGCUUCUAACUCGUCGUCAACGUCGACCCCAGCUCGUGGAACAUCAUCCCGAGCGACUGCCCAAACUAUGAGCUCUAUGCAGAAACAGUCUGAUGCGUCGCUUCGCAGCCGAAAUCAGUUACCUACUAUUGCAGGGUCGCCUUCCGUGGGGAACGUGUCGAAGGAUCUGAAAGAGCCUGCUCCAUCUCCAUUGACGAACUCGAUAUUGGGACAUCCCAAGGAGACACCGACGAAGAUCCCUCGCAUAUCCAGCCGAACGUCAGCAGCUCCGUCUCCACCUUUGAAAGGCUCGUUGACGUUAUCUAACCGACGGACAAGCAUGACGGUCAAUGCGAUUCCCACCUCAGUUAACCCCUCCCCAACGGAGCUGAACGAAUUUGGCGUAAUGGAUAGCACAUCGGGAGCUAGGACAGGAACCGGUUCAACGACAAAAGGUAUAAGAUCAUCCCCUUCUACGCUGACAACGUCUCGCGUGCCUCGUCAAGCAUCUGGAAAUGCGUCAUCGACUUCAGGUGUCCUCCCGCGCAAGAGUAAUCGUGACUCAAUAUCAUUUACUGGACUUCGGAAAUCGUCUACCUCAUCUGUGGCAUCCCUCUCAACUUCUGCAGCUGCAACAGAUGCGCCACCAGUGUCUCACCACCAUCACCGGUUCUCUGCGCUCUCGCCCUCUAAAGGCCUCAAACUUCUCAGUCCGAAGAUAUCGUUGCCCACUGCCCGAUCCUCGAAUAGCACGAGCACGCACAACAUACACCAGGCCAUAGCAUCUGCAUCGUCAAGUCGGCAGUCGUUAUCUACACCCUCUCCCGCGCCCAGUUCUGUUGAUGAGGAAGAGCUUCUCGGGGACGAGGAAAUGAUGCAUUACAUCAAGCGCCAGCAAGCGAAGAAGAUCGCGAAUGGUGCGACGCAAGAAGAAUUGGACGAACUGCUUCGUUUUCCGGAACCUCUACCUCCAGGAAAACCUUCUUCCCCUUUAUCCAUUAUUAAAGGGUCUCAAAGCCAAUAUCUCUCUGAUUAUGAGCGCAAAGAGAUCCUGGAUUUCCCUUCCGUGUACUGUAUCGGCGCACGAAGUAAAAAGAAAAUGGCAUCUCCUGACAAUUCUUCUAAUAAUUAUGGUUAUGAUGACGAGCGGGGCGACUAUCAAGUCAUCAAUCAUGAUCAUUUGGCAUAUCGGUAUGAAGUUAUCGACACAUUGGGAAAAGGCUCUUUUGGACAGGUGCUUCAUUGCCGCGAUCAUUGUUCUGGCGAGUCGGUAGCAAUCAAGAUCAUUCGCAACAAGAAACGAUUUCACCACCAGGCACUGGUCGAGAUCAAGAUUUUGGACAACCUUCGUAAAUGGGACGAGGACGAGAAACAUCAUGUCAUUAAAAUGACUGAGCACUUCUAUUUCCGCAACCAUCUGUGUAUUGCGAUGGAACUUCUGAGUAUAAAUCUUUACGAGCUGAUCAAGGCAAAUGGUUUUGUGGGUUUCACUACAGCAUUGAUUCGACGUUUUACGAGUCAAAUGCUAAUGUCUUUGUCACUCAUGCGACAUCAUCGCAUUGUCCAUUGUGACUUGAAGCCGGAGAAUGUCCUACUGCGCCAUCCUGCCAAGAGUGGUAUCAAAGUAAUUGACUUUGGAAGCAGCUGUUUUGAAACUGAGAAAAUCUAUACGUACAUUCAAAGCCGGUUCUAUCGGUCACCAGAGGUGAUUCUUGGCAUGAACUAUCACAUGGCUAUCGAUAUGUGGAGUCUGGGGUGCAUUCUCGCGGAACUUUAUACGGGGUUCCCUAUUUUUCCUGGCGAGAAUGAACAAGAACAAUUAUCUUGUAUCAUGGAAGUACUCGGCACCCCGGAUAAAGAUUUUGUCAACAAGAGCUCUCGUAAAAAGCUUUUCUUUGACCCAAGUGGUGCGCCUCGGCUGGUUACUAAUUCCAAAGGACGCCGCCGUAGACCGGGAUCAAAAACUCUGGCUCAAGUGCUACGGUGCAAUGAUGACGAUUUCGUCGACUUUAUCUCUAAAUGCCUUGUUUGGGACCCCGAGCGCCGUAUUAAACCAGCUUCAGCUCUACGACAUCCUUUCGUUACCGGAGGUCGACGGACUAAAGUGCUAACAUCGACUUCGAAGAGCACACUGUCUACACCCAGUCUCAGCAGCCGUCGAAAGGACACAACAGAAACACCCAAGAAGUCUCUCAUUAGCGCGCCGACACCUCUCACUGCACGAUCGUCACGAGCUACUGGCAGCAAUGCCGCACCGCCCACCCCGAGUAACUCUUCCCAUGCCUCGACGCUCGGCACUUCAAGGUCGUAUCGAGCCUCUCAGCCACAGAGUCUUUCAACUUAUCAUUCGAGCCGUACCCUCAAUGGAUAUGCUACCGCUACUGCUAAAUAACUGCUUAUUGUUUUCUUUCUGUUCACGAUGUGGAGAUUAUUACUACGCUUUCUUAGAUAAAAUCAUACUAACCACUAAGCUGGCUUUACCUUCAUACCCUUGUGUUGCCGUAUUCUCAUCUACUCCGUUUGUUAUCAUGUUCUGCAUAAUCGUCGCACUGUUCUUGCAAUCUAUAAUCUGGGCAUCAUUUUCUUCACGACACUUUAUUGCAUG